AUGGAUAAAGAGAGGAAGAUACAGCUUAAGAGAAAAUUUGGAUAUUUCAGGUGCACAAGUUUCUUACUUAUAAAUAUAAUUGGUGCAGGAAUUUUCGUGUCCCCCAAAGGAGUUUUGGAGUAUUCUUGCAUGAAUGUGGGCAUCUCCCUAUGUAUUUGGGCUGUCUGUGCCAUUUUUUCCUUGACAGGAUCUCUCUGCUUUGCAGAGGUGGGAAUAACCUUCCCAUGCGCUGGAGCUGACUACUAUUUUCUCAAGAGAUGCUUUGGCCCCUUGAUUGCUUUCCUGAAACUUUGGACAAGCUUUUUUGUGGGGCCAGGGAUAAUUGCUAGUCAAGCCCUGCUCCUUGCAGAGUAUAGCAUCCAACCUUUCUAUCCCAGCUGCUCUGCACCAACACUACCAAAGAAAUGUCUGGCCCUGGCCAUGUUGUGGAGUGUGGGAAUUCUGAAUUCUCGCACUAUUAGAGAUGUAAACAGGAUUCAGAUGGCAAGUUCAGUGCUGAAAAUGGCCAUACUUAGCCUCAUUUCCCUGAGUGGAGUGUUUAUACUGGUGAGAGGCAAGAAGGAGAAUACAGAAAGGUUUCAGAAUGCUUUCGAUGCUGAGUUUCCAGACGUCUCCCAGAUAAUAGAAGCCACCUUCCAAGGAUAUUUUGCAUUUUCAGGCUGGGCAAACUUUGUAUGUAUAGCAGAGGAGCUGAAGAAUCCCACCAAGACCAUUCCUAAAUGUGUAUGUACAGCAAUACCUCUGGUGACUCUGUUUUAUUUACUGGUUAACAUUUCCUACCUGACUGUUCUGACGCCCAGAGAAAUUCUCUCUUCAGAUGCAGUGGCUGUUACAUGGACUGAUAAAGUUAUCCCCCAAUUAAUAUGGAUUAUUCCUUUUGCUAUUUCUGCCUCAUUAUAUAGCAACCUUCUGAUUUCUAUACUCAACAGAACAAGAAUGACAUAUAUUGCAAGCCAACAAGGCCAGCUACCUUUGUUAUUUAAUACACUUAACAUUCACUCCUCUCUACUAAUAUCUGUGAUAGUAAAUGUUGCUCUGUCAUCCAUUAUGAUUGUCAUAACAAACUUAGUUGAACUGAUAAACUAUCUUUAUUUUGUGGUUUCUAUCUGGGUUGUAUUAACGAUGAUAGGAAUACUCAAACUGAGAUACCAGGAGCCGAAUCUACACAGACCUUAUAAGGUGUUUUUUCCAUUUGUAUUCAUAACAAUGGCCAUCAGCCUGAGCAUGGUUUUGAUACCAUUGAUAAAGUCUCCAAAAAUGCAUUAUAUCUACAUAUUUCUGUUUCUUCUCAGUGGACUGCUGUUUUACAUACCUUUUGUAUAUUUUAAGUUGAAGUUGGUUUGGUUUGAUAAAAUGACUUGCUAUUUACAAUUACUAUUUAAUGUUUGCAUUCCUGAUGCAUUUUAUAAAGAAUCAGAAGUAGAAACUUAAAAAAAAAAAAAAAAUAGCCUUCCAAAAACAUGCCAAGUUCAAAAUAAAGAUUAAGCAGAUGAUGAGAUACUAACAGUGAAAUUCCCAUGGCAACUUUUUCAAAUGAAAUAAUGUAUAUAAAAGACAGUGUCUGGCUUUAAAUUCACAGAGAAAUAAUCAUGCAUCACUAAAGCUCUGUUUUGGUUAGUAAAAAACUUAAA